CUAGCAUUACCAAAUCGCCACCGUCAUCAUGGAUACAUUAAUUCCCAUUGUUAAUAAGCUGCAGGAUGCCUUUACCCAGUUGGGCGUUCACAUGCAGCUGGAUCUGCCACAGAUUGCUGUGGUAGGUGGUCAAUCGGCCGGUAAAAGUUCAGUAUUGGAAAAUUUCGUGGGCAAAGAUUUCUUGCCUCGAGGUUCAGGUAUUGUUACAAGACGUCCCUUGAUUUUACAACUAAUCAAUGGCAUUACGGAAUAUGGCGAAUUCUUACACUGUAAAGGUAAAAAGUUUACAAGCUUCGAUGAGAUACGCAAAGAAAUCGAAGAUGAAACAGAUCGUGUUACUGGCAGUAACAAGGGCAUAUCAAAUAUACCCAUCAAUCUUCGUGUCUAUUCGCCGCAUGUUCUCAACUUGACCUUAAUCGAUUUGCCCGGUCUAACCAAAGUGGCCAUUGGUGACCAACCGGUCGAUAUCGAACAACAAAUCCGUAAUAUGAUUUUACAGUUUAUACGCAAGGAGACAUGUUUGAUAUUGGCUGUAACUCCGGCCAAUACCGAUUUAGCCAAUUCGGAUGCUUUGAAAUUGGCCAAAGAGGUUGAUCCUCAGGGUAUACGUACAAUUGGUGUCAUUACAAAGCUAGAUUUGAUGGACGAGGGUACCGAUGCCCGUGACAUUUUGGAAAACAAAUUAUUACCCUUGCGUCGAGGCUAUAUUGGUGUGGUCAAUCGUUCACAAAAAGAUAUUGAGGGUCGCAAGGAUAUCCAUGCGGCCUUGGCUGCCGAACGUAAAUUCUUCUUGAGUCAUCCAUCAUAUCGUCACAUUGCUGAUCGUUUGGGUACCCCCUAUUUGCAACGUGUUUUGAAUCAACAACUGACAAAUCACAUUCGUGACACAUUGCCCGGCCUCAGGGAUAAAUUGCAGAAACAAAUGUUGGCGUUGGAAAAGGAUGUGCAAGAGUUUAAACAUUUCCAGCCGGGUGAUACAAGUAUUAAGACAAAAGCCAUGUUACAAAUGAUCCAACAAUUGCAGUCAGAUUUCGAGAGAACCAUUGAAGGUUCUGGCUCAGCUUUGGUAAAUACCAAUGAAUUGUCAGGUGGUGCUAAAAUUAAUCGCAUAUUCCAUGAACGUUUACGCUUUGAAAUUGUCAAAAUGUCCUGUGACGAAAAAGAACUGCGGCGUGAAAUCUCUUUUGCCAUUCGCAAUAUCCAUGGUAUUCGUGUGGGUCUGUUUACGCCCGAUAUGGCUUUUGAGGCCAUUGUUAAACGUCAAAUUGCACAAUUGAAAGAACCCGUUAUCAAAUGUGUUGAUCUAGUCGUACAGGAAUUGUCUGCUGUUGUACGUUUAUGCACUGAUAAGAUGUCACGUUAUCCUCGUUUACGUGAAGAAACUGAACGCAUAAUUACCACACACAUACGAGAACGUGAACAGUUGUGCAAAGAACAAAUUUUGUUACUAAUCGAUUUUGAAUUGGCCUAUAUGAAUACCAAUCAUGAAGAUUUCAUUGGUUUUGCCAAUGCUCAGAACAAAUCUGAAAAUGCUAACAAAACUGGUACACGUCAACUUGGCAAUCAAGUGAUCCGAAAGGGUCACAUGGUUAUACAAAAUUUGGGCAUCAUGAAAGGUGGUUCACGUCCAUAUUGGUUUGUUUUAACGUCGGAAAGUAUUUCCUGGUAUAAGGAUGAAGAUGAAAAGGAAAAGAAAUUUAUGUUGCCAUUGGAUGGUUUGAAAUUGCGUGACAUUGAACAGGGUUUCAUGUCAAUGUCAAGACGUGUUACAUUUGCAUUGUUCAGUCCAGAUGGACGUAAUGUGUACAAGGACUACAAACAACUUGAAUUGUCCUGUGAAACAGUUGAAGAUGUUGAAUCAUGGAAGGCAUCAUUCUUGCGUGCUGGUGUUUAUCCCGAAAAACAAGAAACUCAGGAAAAUGGUGACGAGGAAGGACGAGAGCAGGCCAGUGUUGAGACCUCCACAGAUCCUCAACUGGAGCGUCAAGUUGAAACUAUACGCAAUUUAGUGGAUUCCUAUAUGAAAAUUGUCACAAAGACAACACGCGACAUGGUACCCAAGGCCAUUAUGAUGUUGAUUAUUAAUAACACCAAGGAUUUCAUUAAUGGUGAACUUUUGGCCCAUCUAUAUGCCUCGGGCGAUCAAGCCCAAAUGAUGGAGGAAUCGGCUGAAGCUGCUAGCAAACGUGAAGAAAUGUUGCGCAUGUAUCAUGCUUGCAAGGAUGCUUUGAGAAUUAUUGGUGAUGUUUCCAUGGCCACUGUAUCGGCUCCAUUGCCACCACCUGUCAAGAAUGAUUGGUUACCCAGUGGUUUGGAUAAUCCACGUUUGUCACCACCCAGCCCUGGUGGACCACGUAAACCUGCACCAUCAGCCCAGCCUGCAGCUGGAGGCCGCGGACCCCCACCUCCACCCGCUUCUGGCCGACCUGCGCCAGCUAUUCCAAAUCGCCCUGGCGGCGGUGCUCCACCAUUGCCUGGUGGCCGCCCAGGCGGUGCUCUUCCACCACCACUAUUACCAUCACGUGUUACCGGAGCCGUUGGCAGUGCCAUAACCCAGCAGACUGGUGCUAAUCGUUACAUCCCCGAAAGUAUGCGUGGUCAAGUAAAUCAGGCCGUGGGCCAAGCAGCCAUGAAUGAAUUGUCGAAUGUUUUCGCCCAACGUUUCAACCGACCUGUGCCCAAUGCACCACCCAAACUACCCGAACGACCCUCAUAUUAUGGUAAUACAACGAAUGGACGUCCCUUCUAAGAAGUUGUCG